AUUUAUAGUUUCCCGGGAGAAGAGAGAGCAAAGCAAGCCCUCUAUUUUCCUGCAAUUCGACAUUUGUUUUUAUUACACACAAAAAGCUUACUAUGUGAUUUGACCUCUUCAAGAUUCAGAGGCAUUUCCAGAUGGAUUCUUCUUCUACAUUGCCGCCAUCGACCUCCGCCACGCCGCCGCCGACCUCGCUGGAGGAGAUUGUGUACAAGAUCAAAGUGAUCGAAUUCUUCGACCGAACAGCUCCCAUCAUUCUCCAAAACAAUAAUGGCCCCUGCCCCCUCCUCUCUAUAUGUAAUGUUCUCUCCCUAAAGAAUAGUUUGAGUUCGAGUCUGGAUACACCAGAGGUUUCACAGGAUAAAUUGCUUUCUCUGGUUGCUGACCGGUUGAUUAAUUCGAACAGUAAAAUUGAUAACAAAGAUGCUGGCUAUGUUAAGAAUCAGCAGCAGAAUAUUACUGAGGCUAUUGAUUUACUUCCUAGGCUCACAACUGGCAUUGAUGUGAACAUAAAAUUCAGAAGAAAUGAUGAUUUUGAGUUCACUCCAGAAUGUGCAAUAUUUGAUUUACUGGAUAUCCCACUUUACCAUGGAUGGAAUGUUGAUCCACAGGAUAUUGAAACUGCUGGUGCUAUUGGCUCAAAAUCAUAUAACUCUCUCAUGAGUGAGCUUGUUUCUUUGGAAACACAAGCUAUGGAGUGUGAAGAGAAUGAGAAUCUAGAAGAAGAUAGUGUAGAUUUUGUGGCUGCGACAACUGCAGUUCUUGGAAUUCCUUCUCCUAGUCUUUCAAGAAGCCAAUCCUUCACUGAUUCACCCCGAAGUAUGAAAAAGGGAGAUAUGGAAGAAGAAGGAGAAGUCUUGAGAGUCUUGAAGUUAUCAGAGACUGAAAUGCUUAGUUCAGCAAUGGCCGGUGUAGUUGUAGAUACUGAUAGUGAACAUAUGGGGAAGUCUGAAGUGUUGAUAUGUUCAGAACCAGUGGGAAAUCACGUUUCUGGUGAAACUAUAAAGGAUGGGGCAUUAAUUGACAGCGACAAUUUGAUCAGUCUCAGUAAAGAUGAAAGAAUUCCUGGAAAAGUCACCCAAGAAGCUGCUUGUUCACUCCCAAAGGCUGAUCAAGAGGACAAUUUUGUGCAUGAUGAUGAAUUUAAAAGAUCUUGUGGAAGUGCACUUGAUGAACCCAGGAAUAGUGAACAUGUUGAUGAAACUCUCUCUUUAGAAGAAGUUCCUUCAUCUUCUAGUCACUGUCUUGAUGAACCCAGGAAUAGUGAACAUGUUGAAAAUAAAUUCACUUCCACUUCAGACCAGGAUGAAAAAAGUAAUUGCACAAAUGAUUGUACAGCUGGAGAAUUACCAAGAUUGUUGACUGCUUCUGCAGAUUUAGGUUCAUCAAGUGGCCCAGCACAUAACACUGCUAGUCCUGUCCUCAAUUCAGGUAUUGAUGUCACUGAACCCAUGUACGAAGGGGAAGAGUGUAUAAUGGAAUCAGGAACUGCAGUCUGUCAAAAUCAAGAGCCCAUUUAUGAGGGUGAGAUGGUUCUUGCCAAACAAGGGGAUAGUGGUUGUGUUCAUGAGGGCGACUCUACGGAAAGAAUAUCUAUCACACAAGGAGAACUAAUCAGGAACUUCAUGAAGAACAGUGCUAGUCAGUUGACUAUUUAUGGCCUAUUUUGCUUACUAGAUAAAGUGAAGGAACGUGAGCUGUGUGUUUUUUUCAGAAAUAAUCAUUUCAACACUAUGUUUAAGUAUGAAGGUGACUUGUAUAUAUUGGCAACAGACCAAGGUUACAUAAAUCAGCCAGAUUUAGUAUGGGAAAAACUUAAUGAGGUGAAUGGUGAUACUGUGUAUGUGAUGGGAAACUUUAAGGAUUUCAAGAUGGAUGAUCCUUCCAACGUGACCUGGGAUGAGCAGAAUGCCAUGUCCAGUACGGCUGACUAUAUAGCUAGCAUUGAUAGUGUAGCUCAAUCAAAUUCCAAUAUCAAUUCUGAUUUGCAAUUGGCUAUAGCCCUUCAACAACAGGAAUUUGAGCAACAACAACCUCAGCGAUCAGUACACCCAACUGUUGCUAGUGAUUCAGGGCUGGCCGUGGAUCCUCAGGUUUCACACAAAACCGGGAAACACACGCCUUCCUCAACUAAGCAAGAGUCCAAAUCAAAAGAGAAGUGUGCCAUCAUGUGAAUACUUUACGCUCGUUCCAUGCAAGUUAUGUGAAUUCUGCAACUCUCUCUUGUGUAUGCAGCUUACAUGGUUCAUAGCCCCAUGUGUAAAGAUAAUCAGAAAUCCCAUUUUUGUAAAUCACUGCUGAAAAUUUGAACUCAUAAAUUUGCAGCCAUUGAUUUUCUCAGUUUAGUCAUAAAGAUCCAUAUGCUAAUGGAUUCUUAAGGAUUUUGACUUCUAGGAUCGGUAGGUGGUUUAAAGCUCAACUUCUGUAUAUUUCAGAUACGUACACAAUUAUACUGUUCUUCAAAGAACUGAUCAAAAAUUUGGUGGAUCUUUUAUUCUCCCAAA